UAAAGGGCGGUCAUUUUUUACCGGCCACUCUAUAUCCAAAUCAUCAGAACGAGAAUGGAGAGACCGAAGCACAAGACCACGAUGUUACCGUCGGGUUUGUUCUUGUUCGUCACACUCUUUGUCUUUGCUGUCAAUGUUCAAGCCCAGACCUUGCCACCUGCGAAGAUCGACGGGUUCGUCUACGAAAAUAUCCGAGUUAACUCGGACACGAUCAUUAUCGAAGCCUUCUACGACCCGGUUUGCCCAGACAGUAGGGACUCGUGGCCACCUCUCAAACAAGUCCUUAGCUACUACGGCUCUCGCGCUUGGCUCGUCGUUCACCUCUUUCCGUUACCUUACCAUGACAAUGCAUUUGUUGCAUCUCGUGCUUUGCAUAUAGUAAAUUUGUUGAAUGCUUCUGCUACUUUCCCCUUGCUGGAGCACUUCUUCAAGUAUCAGGAGCAAUUUUACAAUGCCCAAACUCGGAACUUAUCUAGGGCUUUUAUCGUCGACAAGAUCGUGAAGUUUGCAACAGAAGUAGUUGGGAGCUCCUAUUAUUGUACUAUCAAAUCCGGCUUCAAUGACACAAAAACUGAUCUCAAAACAAGGGUUUCUUUCAAGUAUGGUGCUUCCAGGGGGGUGUAUGGGACACCUUUUUUCUUUGUUAAUGGAUUUUUGUUGCCUGAUGGUGGCUCCACUAUAGACUUCAAUGGGUGGAAAAAGAUCAUUGACCCAUUAAUUGGCGCCCACGGCAUCAAGGGCCAGGAGACUCUGCAUUUCUUCUUAUGAAGGAUUUGACUUUGGCAGUUGUCGCUUUGCUCUAGUGUGCGGAUAGAAUCAAGAGUCAGCACCUUGCCAGUAGGCCAUAGCACUCAUCUCUGUCUCUCUAUUCUAGUAGCUUCCAUGGAAAUAUUCGUGCAAUAAGUGCUUUGGUAUUUGAUGUCAAUUACGACUUCAUUCAAUGGGAGUGAUGCUUCUCUCCAUUUCAAUUUCAAGAUAAGCCAUUUUAUAAUCAUGAUUUAAUGUUAUUGUAUUUGUCACAGUAAAUAAGGCUAUAUCAGUUAAAUAUUUUAAA